AUGGCCGACAACAACUCUUCCACCCUCAAGUCCUACGUCGACUCCGCCACUGGCGCCGUCCAGAACGCCAUUGGCAACCUCACUGGCAGCACUGGCGACCAGGUCCAGGGCGAGGCCAAGAAGCAGAAGGCUGAGGCCGAGCAUGAGGCUUCCCACACUACCGCCAAGCUCCCCGGUGCCACCCUCUCCGGCUCGGGUGCCGUCGCUAAGGACAGCUCUGACCGCACCGAGGGUUCUUGGAACCAGACCGCAGGCGCCACUAAGGAGGCUAUCGGUGGACUCAUCGGCAGCGAGUCCCUGAAGAACACCGGCCGUCAACAGAACCUCGAGGGCCAGCAGCAGGAGGCCAAGGGUCAACUCAGCGACCUUGGCUCUGGCAUCGGUGACCGCGUCCAGGGCACCAUCGGCAGCGCCGUUUCCAACAUCACCGGCGACAAGCAGGGCGAGACUCACUACGACCAGCUGCACGCCGAGGGCAAGACCCGACAGCGCGGUGUCGAGCAUGACCUUCAGAAGAAGGCUGAGGCUGAGCAGAAGUAG